AUGGCCAGCAACCUCCUCUCCCUAGCCGGAUGGUACUUCCUCCCCUCCCUCGUAACAGGCUACAUCCAAACAACCUUCUACACCAUCCUCAUCCGCGCCGGCGACCCCAAACCCGCCCCGGGCUCCCCGCGCUUCAUCCAACAUCGACGCCUCAUCCAAAUUUCCGUCAUAGUCCUCUACCUCCUCUACACAAUCUACGAGGCCGACCACCAAAUCACCUCAUCCGGCAACUUCUACACCCUCCUCAGCGUCCCCCACGCCGUCGAAGACCGCGCCCUCCAAUCCCGCUUCCGCCGUCUAACGGUCCAGUACCAUCCCGACAAAGCCUCCUACGCCGAUAAACCCGCCAUGGAGGACCUCUACAUCAAGCUCAAAGUCGCGAGAGAUACGCUCGCAGACCCUGCUAAACGUUUCGCCUACGACCGCUUCGGGCCUGAGAUUUUAACAUGGCAGAACUCCAAAUCGAUCAAAGAUUUCAUCUACCACGGCACCCAGCAACUCACAAUGUACUACCUCGGCUCCGCCAGCGUUCUCAUCCUGCUAGGAGUCCUCGGCUACCUGCGCCAGGGCAUGUUCUGGCGGUACGUCGUGAUGACAGCCCUGUUCGUUAUCGAAGUCCAGAUCGCCACGCGGCCUACGUUCCCGGCCGUGUUGACGGGUGCGCUGAAUCCCAUCCUCAGCAUCACAAGGUUACGGCAACCGUAUUUACCAUACCAACUAAUCCUCCUCCUGCGGAAAUUGACGGUGACAUUCUUCAUCGCCAUGUCGCAGCUGGGACCUUUACUGCAGGAUCCUCGCAAAACGGCGGCGGGGGCGGGGGCGCAGGAGGGGGCGGGGGCGGGCGUGACGACGCAGCAGGUGGAGAGGGUUAUGGCGUUGACGCAGGGUGUGGAUCAGGAAGUGAAUCGAUUGAUGGCGUUGGAAUUGAUGCCGUUUAUGGAUACGGCGGCGUCGAAGGAGUUGAGGAGUACGACGAAGGAGUGGUUGGUGCAAAAUACAGUUAGGAAUGAUCCGGAAGUUCACAGCGCUAUUCAGAGGGUACUCGACAGGAGGCGGCGGACAGAACAGGGAGAGGAGGAGCAUUAG